CCGUCGUUAUUUCCAAGAUGGUGAGUACCGUACUCUAUUUAUUGUCGGUUGUAAACGCUGCACAUCCAAGGGCUUGCUUGCAGCUUUUAAUUGAAGGAGAAAAAGAGAAGACAUCCCCCGUAUAUGAUAUCGAGCCUCUCCCCUCCUUCCCAGCACAAGUCCUAGCCUCAACUCCCAGCGCACAAAUCCACACGUUUAAAUACAACCCGCACCCUGCCCAGAAACCAGCUGACAUGGCGAAGUCCAGCUUCACGAACAUGUUCAACCGCUUGCCGAUCUACUCGCGGCCGCCCAAGGAGCCAUGCAUCGGCGAGCCGGUAUUAACGCACACGUCGAACGAGCAGCUCUCGGGAAAAGUACCGGCGUCGGUCUUUAGACCACCACCUUCACACGAAUUCGACAACCAUCUGGGAAUCCUUCCUACCGGACGCAUGCCGAGUGUGAUGGAGCGGGGACUACCGAGCAUUCCAACGUGAGCGACUCUGCAUACACCCCCACCCCGCCGCACCCCUGGCGGCCUCCAGAUAGAGGACUGACUGACCGGUGGAUGCGCUGCAGGACUUCAAGCUUUGCGGACGAGUUUCGGCCUGCGACUGGCCCGGCGCCAUGGGAUGAUCCGGAUCGCUCGCGCGCGCAACACCCGGAUCCGUUGGUAUCGCCGCUGCUCAGCGAAGACGCCUGGUCCGCCUCCGGCGAUGCUCCGCGGAAGAAGAAUAAGGUUACCCGAAAACCGGCGCCGAUAUCGCCAGUGAUGGGGCUGGGUAUAUGGGACGGUUCGGGGACGGUUACCACUACGAUCACCGCCGGCGGUGGCGGUCACACAGACGACCGUGCGGCCAGCAGCAGCAGCAGAGGAGGAGGAGGAGGAGGAGGAGGAGG